CCGGCGGUGCCGCGGGGGGGCCAUGGCGGUGCCGCCGCCGCCGCCGCCGGGCCCCGAGCAGGCCCCGCGGUACCAGGAGUGGAUCCUGGACACCAUCGACUCGCUGCGUUCGCGCAAGGCGCGGCCGGACCUGGAGCGCAUCUGCCGCAUGGUGCGGCGGCGGCACGGCCCCGAGCCCGAGCGCACCCGUGCCGAGCUGGAGAAGCUGAUCCAGCAGCGCGCCGUGCUCCGCGUCUCCUACAAGGGCAGCAUCUCGUACCGCAACGCCGCCCGCGUGCAGCCGCCGCGCCGCCCGCCGCCGCCCGCUCGCCGCCCGCCGCCCGUCAGCCUCCGCGACACCGCGCGGCUGCUCGGCGGCGACGGCCGCCUCACCCGCGGCCGCCUCCAGGGCUCGGCCGCGCCCGGCGGCGGCGGGGGGCGCAGCAGCGAGGCCUCAGCGCGGGAGGAGGAGGAGGAGGAGGAUGAUGAGGAUGAAGAAGACGAGGACGGGACGGGCUCGGAGGCCUCGGAGGACGCGGGGCCCCCCCGGCAGCUGAACGGGGAGGGCCGGGGGGGGCCCCCCCUGCGCCCCCCGGGGCAGCCGCCCCCCGAGCGGCCCCCCCAGGCCAAGGCCUGUGCCCCGGGGGAGGGGGGCUGCCAGCACAUGGCCCCCCUCAAAAAGGAGGGAGCCUUUGGGCAGCCCGACAGAGCAGUGUCCCCGGCGCUGGCGGGGGCUGAGCCCUCGGUGCCGCUGUCCCCAGGCGCCGGCCCCCCUGCCGAGGGCCGUUCAGGCUGCACGGCCGGGCGCAAGGACAAGGCCGUGGACCCGGUGGAGUGGUCGGUGCGGGACGUGGUCGAGUAUUUCACCGAGGCCGGGUUCCCUGAGCAGGCUGGGGCCUUCCAGGAGCAGGAGAUCGAUGGCAAGUCGCUGCUGCUGAUGCAGAGGGCCGAUGUGCUCACGGGGCUCUCCAUCCGCCUGGGCCCCGCGCUCAAGAUCUACGAGUACCACGUGAAGCUGCUGCAGCGCAGCCACUUCCAGGACGAGGAGCCCCCCCCGGAGCCCUUCCCGGCCUGAGAGACCCCCCCGGAGCCGCGGGGGGACCCCCAGACCCGCGGGGACACCCCGGUAUCCGGGAGGGCUCCCCCCUCCCCCGCUGCUGCACACAGAGACUUUGGGGGGUGGGUGAGGGUCGGGGGGGGUCCCACCCCCUUUUAGGGGUCCCACACCUUUUUGGGGGGUCCCACCUCUCUCUGGGGGGGGGUCCCAUCCCUAUUUAGGGGGCUCUUGCCUCUCUUUAGGGUCCCACCUCUAAUCUGGGGGGGUCCUGCUCUCAUUUGAGGGGUCCCACCUCGCUUUGAGGGGGUCUCAUCUCUGUUUUGGGGGGUCCCACCCCUCUUUGAGGGGUCUCUCUUUUGGGGGGAGCACUGCUCCAGGGGGACACCCCUCUUUUAGG